ACCUUGUUAAGAUCCAACCAUGCAAAAUGUUUUUUUUUUUUUUCCAUUUUUCAAGUACUCUUAAAGUUUUGAUAGGGACUAUAUCUGGGCUUCCUCUGUAUUCUCUCCAUAGAGUUCUCUCUGUAGAUAAUCCAUGCAGUCCAUGCAUCAGAAAAGAAGAGGUUGAAUUACAAAUGUGCUAAAAGCUUUAAUGGGCCAGUAGAACUGUUGUUGAAAAAAAAAGUGUAGGGAAAGCCACAGCCAGACACAGCUUUUUAAAUGAGUCCUGUGAGAUGCUUCAACUUAGAAAACAUUAAAACAUUAAUUAGAAUUAGUUUAUUUUAAGGACAGGAAAAGUUUGAUGAUCAAAGUAAGCCACAAUUCUGCUCUCUAUGGAUCAAAUUAGUGCAAAUAAUUGGAUAUUGUUUAAUGUUUUUCUCAUUAUAUUGUAAGCAUCACCUCAUGAGAUCAGUAUAGGAAAACUGUAUAUAUUUCGCUGUAAAGAGGUCAGACAUGCAGCCACAUGCUUGCAGCCUGUGCUGUCCAAUCCUUUCAGAAAACAUCAGGUGAGGAUCAUUCACUCCAUUUGCUACAAACUGCCAUGUGAAUUGUACCUGUAUUGUAACAUAACAAUAUGAUUUUCUUUUCCUUAGACUAAUAAGGUAGUCCUCAAACACAGGUGGUGGAGUUCAACUAUGCCUUUUCAAAGGACUGUUUUAAACAGCUCUGCUAUCAUUCAUCCGCCAGGUUUCUAUAUCAUUGGAUUUGAGACCUUUCCUUUCAUCAGUGUCUACUUUAUCUUCCUGGCGUUUGUUUAUGGUGUAACAGUGCUGUUUAACAUUUUGGUGAUUUAUGUGAUUGCUUCUACUCGUCGUUUGCACACUCCUAAAUUUUUGGCUGUUGUCAACCUUGCAGUUAUUGAUCUGUUUCUUAACACUUGUACCAUUCCCAGCAUGAUAAAAAUAUUUCUCAUCCAGGAUAACUUCAUUCCAUUUAACUUAUGUUUGCUACAGAUGUAUGUUUAUUAUGUGUUUGCAUCUUUGGAGUCGUUUGCUCUUGCUAUACUUGCCUAUGACCGGUUAAUUGCAAUAUGUUUCCCUCUGCGUCAUAACUCCAUCAACACUGUGAGAAGCAUGUGUUGUAUUAUCAGUGUAUCAUGGAUUUUUAAUAUGGGGAAAACAGCUUUUAAUAUAAGUAUAAUUACUCAACUAUCUUUUUGCAGGUCUGUGAGAGUGUUCAGCUAUUUCUGUGACUAUGCACCUGUGUUUCGGCUUGCCUGUAAUGAUAACACAAUGCAGUGGUUUGCAGCUUCCUUUCUAAGUGUUUUGUUACUUUUUGUCCCUUUUACUUUCAUUUUUCUGUCUUAUGUCAGCAUCCUGGUGACAGUGUUCAGGAUGAAAUCUGUGGACAGUCGGGUGAAAGCUUUGGCCACGUGUGCUGAGCAUCUCAUUCUUGUUGCUAUAUUUUACAUUCCUCUUACUGUCAUUUUCACAAUUGGUUUUUUUCUGGGUGUUGUUAAUCCAGAUCAGCGAGUUCUGAGUCUGUCGCUGGCCUCAUGCAUCCCUCCUUGUAUCAAUCCUAUUGUGUAUUCUUUGAAAACCAAAGAAAUCAAAACCGGAGCACUGAAACUGUUCAGAAAAACUAAAGUUAAUGCAUAA